CCCUGUCCUCUCUGUUGCUAGGUAACCUCUGCAGGGGGCGGCUGCCGCAUCAUCCGGUGCUGCUAGAGCUCAUACAAUCAAACGGAGCCGUUUAACACUCAUAUCUUAAACGUGUUUUAACGAGGAAGAUGGACGGGGGCACCGAGUUAUCUCUGACCAUCUCUCACAUCGUGCAGCGGCUGAAAGGAAGUCAUUUACACUCUCAGAUAGAGAGACAAGCCAAAGACUGUUUACAUCAACCUGAGAUAAGAUUGGAGUCCCUCAAAGAUGACGUACGCAGCUUUCUGAAAACAUCAGGCUGGGAAAGACAGCUACAGAAUGCUGUGUACAGAGAACUACACGUCCAGCUGCCCCCGAGCCAUCCCAUGGCUCCUUCAGAGCAUCUCAAAGAGCCACUAGCCUACAUGCGCAAGGCGCAGGCCAGCUGGGAGAAGCGUGUCCUCAAAAGCCUGAACAGCAUGAGCACAGAGCUUGAAGUGCCUCUGGCUCGCAUGAGGUCGGCAGCGGAGCAGAAAGAACUCGCCAACAAAUGGAACGAGAUGGGCACAGAUGAUCCAGAUUUAAGUCGCUUCCGGCCUGUCUACGCCCCCAAAGACUUUCUCGAGGUGUUGAUCAGCCUGCGAAACCCAAAUCAUGACAGCAGUGACGACGUCAGUGCCAGGAGCCACUGGGGUCUCAUCCAGGUUCCCGUCAACGUCAGGGACAUCCCACAGCUGAGACAGGCCUACUCAGAGCUGAACCUGAUCACAGGACAACUGGGGAUUGAUGACUACGCACACAUCCACCCAGAUCUGUUUGAAAGUGAGCACGUGCAAAUCGGGAAAAAAGUGCUCGUGGAGCAGGACAGUGCAGCAGCGCAGCAGUACAGCCGGCAGGGCUGCCCCACUGGGCUCCGUGCAGACCUGUGGGCUCUCAUCCUCAACUCUACCAACCAGCCCCCGGAUGUGAUGCAUUAUGAACAGCUAACAGCUGGAGUUAUACAACAUGCUCUGCUGGUGGACCAUCUUAUCUAUAAGGAUGUGAAGCUCACUGCCAGUAAUGACGACUACUACUUUGUGUUUGAAGAUUUCCUCUACCAGGUGUUGCUGUGUUUCUCCCGGGACACUGCUGUCUUGGAUCACUUUAAAUACAACAGUGCCACUCCGCCCAAAUCCUACAUCCACGGAAAGGUUGGAGAUGAGGAGUGUGCUGUUGUGUAUCCUCCUAACGGUGUGAUCCCUUUCCAUGGCUUUUCAAUGUAUGUGGCACCUUUGUGUUUCUUGUACAACGAGCCGUCCAAGCUGUACAGCGUGUUCAGGGAAAUGUACACCCGCUACUUCUUCAGGUUGCACUCCAUCUCCUCGUCUCCCUCGGGUAUUGUGUCUUUGUGCCUGCAGUUUGAGCGGCUGUUGCAGACCCAUCUGCCGCAGCUUUUCUACCACCUCAGACAGAUCGGGGCGCAGCCGUUGCGUAUUGCCUUUAAGUGGAUGGUUCGUGGGUUUUCUGGCUAUCUGUCCACUGAUCAGCUGCUUCUUCUCUGGGACAGAAUACUUGGCUACGACUCACUGGAGGUAGUUGCAGUCCUCGCCGCUGCUGUGUUUGCUUUCCGCGCCGAGAACCUGAUGGAAGUGACAUCACUGGCCUCAGCUGAGGCCGUCCUCGCAGACCUUUCAACUCUGAAGGUCAUGCCGCUCAUCCAGAUCUUUCUGUUUGCCACCUCCAUCUGAGGAAACCGCGGGAUAUGAGUCGAACCCACGGACGGAUGAAGAAUGCUACAUCACAACGUUAUAAGAACCAAGCUAACACUUACUAAUAACCAAGAAACAAAACGCUAAAGUGUGCAAUAUCAAGGAAUAAUGGACACCUCCACAAGCAGAACAUCCUCCAUCUUGCACUACUCCACAGCAAAAAGCCAAACCCCUCUUUAGCAUGUGUGCACCAUGAAUAGUGGAUCCCCCUGUAUCAUAUUCUAAGAUAUCAUACAUUAUGUACAUAUAGCCACCACACCAAUAAGGUUGAACUAACCUCCCUCUUAAGCCAUAUGCUCUGCAGGAAACACGAUCCGCAGAGCAGCUCUGGGAUCAGCCGAGAAGCUCAUGAAGCGGUGGCCGCGCGGCGAUGAGAGAACAACAGCAGCAUCUCCAGGCUCGGCUAAUGAAGUGUUAAUUAGCUGCGCGGCUCUCGCUCGUUGUUAAGCUAUUAGAUGACGCUGUCGCUGAUGAGUGAGGAGAAUGGAAGCACCGGCGCGUUGAGGAAAGGACGCUUUAUUAUGUAACCUAUAGGACUAGAAGCUGCUGCGUAUACACAUUUAUUCUAUUUAUGAAGAAAUAUAUUAUAACUGCACUCUUAAGGGACCUCCAGUGCCGGAAUUUAUUUUAUUUGAUCAUUCUAUGGUUUUUUAUUUUUGGAUUAUGUAUUUACUACCUGAAUGUAAUAGCUUACUUUGUAUUGCUUUAAAA